AUCAAAAUCAAGCCAUCUCUAGAAAGCUCCAUCUCUUUCCAGCAAUACAAACCAAAGCGCAAUUUCAGCAGAAAAUUUUUCGGCAGAAGAAAUAAAAGUUUUUUGUUAAUUAUGGAGGAUAACUAUUUUCCCUGCAGCCCUCAGCUGCUCAAAGAGCCCCUAUCCUAUGCCGAUCUCGUGGAAAAUGGGGCUGAAUUCGAGGUGGACAUGUCAGAGCAGGUAAAUGCCUGCAAGGAAUUUCUGGGUGACGACAGCGACAGCGACUACGAGGAUGCCGAGGGUGUGGACAACGAGGCGCUGCUUUCCCCGUGGACGCAGUCCUUCGGCGAGUUGCGUGCCCUGAUGCACAUGAUCGAUGAGCACAUCUACAAGCGGAUCACCCGCGAGGGCCACGUGGACCGGGAUCUGGUGCCGGAGAAGGCCAGGGUUUCGAUCAGGUACAGUGGCUACUGGGAGGGCGAAGGCCACCCCUUCGACUCCUCCAUGCUGCGGGGCACCAAGUUCGAGUUCGAGACUGGCCAGAAAAUGGUGAUCGAGGGACUGGAGGCCGCUGUGCGCACCAUGCGCCCAUACGAACAGGCCGAGUUCAUCAUCUCCUACAAGCUUCUCUUCCGGGAACUGGGCUGUCCGCCACGCAUCAAGCCCAUGGCGGACGCGCUCUUCAAGGUGGAGGUCAUCGACUUCUCGCUCAUAGGCGAUGCGGAGGCCAUCGAUGCCAUCCCGAAGGAGGAUCGCGACAAGUUCUGCGUGGUCUAUCCCAAGGCGCAGGACAUGCAUCUUUAUGGCAAGGAUUGUGUGAAGCGCGGGAGCUAUCGCAAUGCGGCGACUGCCUUCGAAAGGGCCAUCAACUCCUUGAACUACUGCCGAAUGGCCAAUGACGAGCAGGAGCGCCGGCAAACCGAACUGCUGAUUACCUUGACUCAAAACCUGAUGAUCGUCUACAACAAGCUUAACAAGCCGCAGCGCGUCUGCAUCAUGAUGAAGUCCCUGCGCCGGCUGACCGAGAACAAUCCCUCCUGCAAGGCUCUCUUCCAGGAGGGUCGCGCCCUGGCCGCUUUGGGUGAAUAUGACCGGGCCCGCAAAGUUUUUCUCCAGGCGCAGAGCAAGCAGCCGGAAAACACGCAGAUAAGCGAUGAGAUCAUAAGCAUGAACAAGCGAAUCAGCAAGUACGAGGAGGCCAGCCGAGAUCUAUGGUCUCGGGCCUUUUCGGUUAAGAAUUCGAAAUCAGCUGGCCCAAAAACUGCAGCUGAUUUGGAGAAAGAAGCCAAGGAGCAGAGUUUCAAAGACGAAAUCAAAGAUAUAAUCGAGGAGUUCGAGAACUCUGGUGACAAGUCGAUGGGAUUCUCCCGUAAAAUGUUUUCGGACGCACAGUUUGGAAUCAUUUGCGAUUUGGUCAAGGAUCACAAUAUGAAACUUACAUUGUCUCCCAUUCACGAGGACGUCUUGACUUUGUCCAAGUUGGAGGUAAAGUCUGACUAAUUAGUAUCCAUUCUAAAAAUUUCGUUUACUCACUCAUUUAAAAAAAUCAAAAUGUUACCAACUAUGUAAGUAGUUUAAAAUAAGUUCUAGAAGAACUUUUACUUGUGCUAUUACAUUUAACUAUGUAGAAAGAUACCAACUUGGGAAUCUGCAGCUAUUUGAGGAAAACCCGAAUCUCAAACUUAUAUUUUAAUAUAAAUACCAAAGUACUUAAUAUACAUUUUUCAUGGAUAAUACGUUCUUCCAGGACUAUACCUUUUGUUAUUACCUACAAAUAA